AAUGAAAUGUGUUUGGUUUCAUCCUGUCCGUGCAUCUACAGUAGAGUUCAGAUUGUUCUCUGAUAUCGGUUCACUGCACGCACGGAGUCGCUCAGCUUUUGUCUUCCGGAGUCCAGAAGCAUCCAUCCUCACGUUCUGGUUGCACGAGUGGAAAAAUCGAGAAUGCGUCGGAAACACCGCCUCCAGCGGAUAAAAGCGAGAGCGCGCGCGACGCACCGGCAGACGGAACCGAAACCGCGGGAGGAGGUGCUUUACGUUUGAGAUAACUCUCAGUCUUUUAAUUCAAAGUCUUACUCUUGAAACCCUUAUCAUUUCCCUCGGCUCGGAGAAUAUCGUUAAUGUUGCAGGUUGAUCAUCAUGCCUGAGAAAGUUCGCAUCAACAGUGCAGAUGUGAAAUACACUGAGAAACACAUCGAGUCGCGGUACUGUUACCACACUGCCUCUGUGCGCAGAGAUGGAGACGCGUUCACUGUGACGCCGUCCAGCACAGAGUUCACCUUCCGCACCGAGAGGAAGGUGCCCAGGCUGGGUGUGAUGCUGGUGGGAUGGGGUGGGAAUAACGGGACCACGGUCACAGCUGCGGUUCUGGCCAAUAAACUGGGUCUGACCUGGAGAACCAAGACCGGUCUGAAGAAAGCCAAUUACUACGGCUCUUUGCUCCAGUCGUCUACGGUGUGUCUGGGAUCCGGUCCGGAUGGAGAGGUCUACGUUCCCUUCAGAGAUCUGCUGCCGAUGGUGCAUCCCAAUGACAUCGUGUUUGAUGGCUGGGAUAUCUCGUCUCUGGACCUCGGCAGAGCCAUGGAGCGUGCUCAGGUUCUGGACUGGAGUCUGCAGGAGAAGCUCCGCCCACACAUGAGCCAGCUCAAACCCAGACCCUCCAUCUACAUCCCAGAAUUCAUUGCAGCUAACCAGGAGCAACGGGCGGACAACCUCAUCAGAGGAAGCAAAGCAGAGCAGGUGGCUCAGAUCCGCAGAGAUAUCUGUGAUUUCCGAGAGAAGAGCGGCGUGGAUAAAGUCAUCGUUCUGUGGACGGCGAACACCGAGCGAUUCUGUGACGUGAUUCCUGGAGUCAACGACACGGCGGAGAACCUGCUCCACAGCAUCCAGACGGGAGGGGAAGUGUCUCCCUCCACCAUGUUUGCGGUGGCCAGUCUUCUGGAGGGCUGUGCCUACAUUAACGGCUCGCCACAGAACACGUUUGUCCCCGGAGCCGUGGAUCUGGCCGUCCAGCGCGGCGUCUUCAUCGGAGGAGACGACUUCAAAUCUGGACAGACCAAACUCAAGUCUGUGCUGGUGGACUUCCUGAUCAGCGCCGGGAUCAAGCCGACUUCGAUAGUGAGUUAUAAUCAUCUGGGCAACAACGACGGUCUGAAUCUGUCGGCUCCGCAGCAGUUUCUCUCUAAAGAAGUCUCCAAGAGUAACGUGGUGGAUGACAUGGUGCAGUCGAACCCUGUGCUGUACCGAGCCGGAGAGAAACCUGACCACUGCGUGGUUAUUAAAUAUGUGCCCUAUGUGGGCGACAGCAAGCGUGCGAUGGAUGAGUACACGUCUGAGAUCAUGAUGGGAGGAACGAACACCAUCGCUCUGCACAACACCUGUGAGGACUCUCUGCUGGCCAGUCCCAUUAUUCUGGACCUGGUGAUCCUGACAGAGCUGUGUCAGAGAAUCUCCUUCCGCACUCAGGACGAUCCGGUUUUCCAGGGUUUCCACAGCGUCCUGUCGCUGCUCAGCUUCCUGUGUAAAGCGCCUCUCGUCCCGCAGGGGGCGCCGGUGGUCAACGCCUUCUCCCGCCAGCGGGCGUGCAUCGAGAACGUCAUGAGAGCGUGUCUGGGACUGCCUCCACAGAAUCACAUGCAGCUGGAGCACAAGAUGACCAGGAGCUUCCUGCAUUCAGAGGAAAACCCCAUCCUCAUGAACGGAAAGAUGGAGCACACAAGAGGCUUUCAGUCUACCAAAUACAUCCACACCGACGGCCACCAGAAGCUGCAGCACACGAUCACAUAAACACCCAGCUAGAUGUGUACUACUGAGUGCACUCAAGUCCAGUCCAGCAAUCGUGCUUCUUCUCGUUUAGUGAGUGUCGAUGAAUAUUCAUCUACACAUUCCUAGAUUUUUUACAUGAAUGCACUGAGGAAAAACAUCGUUUUUGUUUG